CGAUUCUUUGUACCACGCAGACAUGAGCGCCUUAAAAAGUUUUGUAUUUUUAUUAUUCAUGAUAUCGGUGUUUGUGUCGAAUAUACAUUGUCAAGUGAACAAGCGAUUUUUCCGGAAAGACUACACAUAUUUGAUAUCGAUUGAUAACUUCUAUAAAGUCCAUACAAUUCAUCGGUCAUGGGCAGAAGCCAAAAAACGUUGUGAAUUGGAAGGAGCUAAAUUGUUCUACCCCCAGAAUGCGGAUGAGGCCCAGGAAGUUAUUAAGUUCUGGACAGAUACACAGCCGUUCUUUUGGGUCUAUGUUGGCAUCUCAAAUACCAUUUCUAAAGAAGUAUUUGAAACUAUUGACGGUAAUCCAGUAGAAGACGUAUACAACCGCUGGGCGCCGGGAGAACCUAACGACGCGGAUGGAAUGGAAGGCUGUGUUACCUUGAACAAAGAAGGAAAAUUAAACGACGAUCGCUGUGAUAGAAAAUAUCCUUUCAUAUGCAAGAAAGCCUUAGCCGAUCUCGAAUGGAACAAAGACUGUGAUAUGCCUAACAAAGAUUACAUAUUUAACCAAAAAUUGGGAAAAUGCUACAAGUUCCAUUUGAACCCGAAGAAUUGGACUGAUGCAAUUACUACUUGUAGUGCGGAGCAGUCGUACCUUGCCAUAAUUGAAAGUCAAGUGGAAGCUGACCAUCUGGUACAAAUGACGGCUGAUGCGCCAAAGGAUAAGGUUUAUGGGGAUUACUUAGCUGGUGCUGUUCAUUUGGGCUUCCAUAACAAAGAUUCAGAUGGGUGGAAAACCAUUAAAGGGGUACCUCUCCACGACAGUGGUUACUCAAAAUGGGGCGGAGGUCAACCGGACAAUGCGGGGGGCACAGAAGUAUGCGGCAGCAUGUUCUAUAAUGGCGGCCUCAACGAUAUGAGCUGCUACGUACGGUGCUUCUUUAUAUGCGAACACGACAUUGGCACUUUCGCCGGCGCUAUUGACGAUCGAUUCAAUGAGUUAUUGUAAAAGCAACCCAGUUAGAUACGGAUUGUGUUCAAGAACAAUAUUUUGCCUCAACAUUGAUGUUAACUCAAUAUUUACUACAAAAAGUAAAUAUGUCAACAAUAUAAUCUCCAGAUCAACGACAAAUGUGUGCAUAUUCAUUAUUACAAACUGUUAAAAUACAACAUGAUAACGUUAAAUAUUACGUAAUCGUGGUUAGAAAUCGUAAUCGUGGAAAUGUCUUUCUUUUAAUGUAUGAGUUUUUAUGAGUAUU